AUGGUCGAUAACGGUCUUGGGAGGCACAUAAAAGAUCCGUCGAUCACGCUGCCCAUGCUCAUGAAAUACUCAUAUUACCUCUGGAUCAAUCAGAUUAUCAAUAUCGUUGCAGUAGCGAUCCUGAAAUGGUCCAUAUGCGCCUACUUGCUCGUUCUCGAUUUCUCCAAGCUAUACCGCGCCAUCGUGUGGUUCUCCAUACUGGUUAUCACGGCUAUCAACUUCCUAGCGCCCGUGUUUACACUCUUCGGCUGCGCGCCGCUCGAAGCGAACUGGAAUCGGGCCAUCGUCAACAAGAAAUGUUGGGCAGUCGGUACCUUGCCGCUUUCGUAUGCGCAAGGCAUAGUGAAUGUGCUUACCGAUGUUGUAUACGUUGUUGUAAGUGUGGCACUGCGUUCGUUUGGCGCAGAAAGAGCCUCUGCGGAUGCGGAUCGGCUAUGA